CUCCCUUUCUUUUUGGAGUGACCAUUGAAGUAGUAUGCCGUGUGUUGCUAUGGCUGGGGUGGGACAAGGGGGCUGCCUUCCUGCCGGCGAGUUACCAGUUACCAGCACGACGGUCUACAGUGAUAACGUGUCUCUUUUAUACUCAUCUGUGAAGAAAACAAAGCCAUGGCAACAGGUCUAAAGGUCUACUUCUGUGGCAGCAUCCGAGCUGGCCGAGGAGAUGUGGAGAUCUAUGGCCGCAUUGUGGAGAUGCUCGGAAAGUAUGGCACUGUGUUGACACCUUUUGUGGCUGAUCCAAAUCUGACGAAAGAUUCAACUGAAGAAGGAAAGGCAAAAACUGAUAAGGAUAUCUAUGAUCGAGAUAUGAGCUUACUAGAGGAAUGCCAUGCAAUUGUUGCAGAAGUAACGCAGCCAUCACUUGGUGUUGGAUUUGAGCUUGGCCGUGGUGUGGCAAUGAAUAAGAAGAUCCUCUGCUUGUAUAGACCUCAGCCAGAGAAGAGACUGUCAGCAAUGGUCCGAGGGGCAGAGAAGGAUGGCUGUUUUACCACUAAGGACUACAAAGAAGAAGACCUCCCUGCUAUCUUCGAUGAUUUCUUCCAGAACUUUGUGCGUCGAGAUAGGAAGAACAGCCUUGACUGGAAAAGUUACGAACCAAUGUAGAUCAUAUCUAGUAAUUUCUGAAAAGGUUAACAAAGUGCUUUCAUAUCGGUUACUCAAAAUUUCUUCAGAUGGGACACAGUAUUUGAUGUACUCUUAAUGUACUUCAUUAUGAGAAAAAUGCUAUUAAGAUGCAGUUCUUUGUUAAAAUGUAACAAUGUUUAAAUCAGAAAAUUGUUUUCUGAUGUGCAUUAGAAAUAAUGUUAAUAUUUUGGUAGCACAUUUUUUUUGUCAAAAUCCACUGUAUUGUUAAAGAAAAAUAAACAUGUAAACUUUA